CAGUCCGCAGUCCGCAGUCCGCAGUCCACAGUCUACGUUUGCACUGACAAUCCUGCGACCUAGAACCUCGUUUCCAGGAUGAGGCUGCCCGCAAGCAACACUUACUUUCGCACGCGUUUCAAUCCGGAAACCUGGAUCGUUCAUGAUCUAUUCAAGCGGUAGUUUGAUAUAUGCGCUGCCGUCGGAUUAAUUUACAAAUCUUACUUAUGUCUUGUGAAUGGGUUUGCAGUAUUUCCCUGUGACUGGUCCUUUUCGUAUGUUAUUUUUGUCGUUUCCGAAGAUGUUUGAGCAAGGAACAAUUAUCUGAUUUGGGUGAUCUUCAGGAUGUAGUGAACCACAUGCGGAUCGAUGAGAAGAGAAAAGCCAUCAAGACCCGGAGAAAUUUGACCUUACCUUGCCGAGGAGAAAUAAAACAAGGUACAGACAGCAAGACGGAGGCUAUUCGGUUCAUAUGUCGAGCGUGGCCCUGAUCAUUGGUUUCUGGACCAUCUUAUUUAUAUCUAAUGCCUUGCUGAAGAAUUAUAGAAAAUACUUGAGGAGAUACAAGGAGUUUCUGGAAAAUAAUGGCAUUUCCCUUUCAAAUUAUAGAAAAUACUCGAGGAGAUACAAGGAGUUUCUGGAAAAUAAUGGCAUUUCCCUUUCAGUAUGUCAAGUGCGAUGGUACACCAUGCGCUUCAACCGGUCCUUUGUCAAGCUUGGGCAAUUCCAUCCUUAUUUGCUUCACAUGUGGUUUUCCAUUGGCAUUCUUGUGGGUGUCCUGUUGAUGGUUGCAUCUGUGGUUAUCCUUUGUUUGACCCUCUACAAAGCCUUUGCCAAGGAUUCACCAGAACAAGUGUUGACCCCUGUGAUGCCAGGAGUGAAUGUUCCAUGGAGCCAAGUGUUAUAUUAUCUCAUCACAUUGACAAUUAGUGGUGUUUUUCAUGAAUUUGGACAUGCUAUCUCUGCCGUCAGAGAACAAGUACGUGUGAAUGGAUUUGGAAUGUUCUUCAUGGCAGUGUAUCCUGGUGCCUUUGUAGACCUGUACACUGAACAUUUGACCGUCAUCUCCCCCAUGAGACAACUGAGGAUCUACUGUGCAGGUGUCUGGCAUAAUGCUGUGCUUGUCUUAGUAGGCUUGGUAUUCCUGUGGUCUCUGCCUUAUUUAUUGGUUCCAAUUUAUGUGACUGGCCAGGGUGCUGUGGUACUCAAUGUUUUGAAGGGAUCUCCAGUACACGGCAGCAUUCAGCGUGGUGACACAGUCCUAUCACUGUAUGGAUGCCAAGUGUAUGACAAGCAAGAUUGGAACAGCUGUAUCAGCAAAACACUCCGAUCACCACAGCAUGGCUACUGUACAGACAUGCUAACCAUCACCAGGAAAAACUCUUCAAAAGGUGCUAUUUACAGUGGAGGGGUAUAUGACUGCUGUCAGAAUUCGACAUCUUCAAGAUUCUGCUUUAAAUAUGGGUCUCUGAGCCAUUCAAAGGGGUAUGCUUGUCUCCCUGCAAGGAGCACAAUGCAGUCAAGACAACUCUGCAAUCAACCAACUGACUGUGAUGGACCAGGUGAUAAAGUUUGUGUUCAUCCAUCUCUGGAUAACUCCAGUCGGCUGAUAAGGAUCGUAAGAAGUGAGGGCUUAGAUGUGCUGUAUGUGGGUGACCCUCUACUCCUUCAGUACACAGUUGGAGUGAUUAAUUAUCAGCCUCGGAGCAUACUUCUACCCAUGGAAAUUCCUAAUAUGUUAGAAAUGUUCUUAAUAUAUUUAGUGUCUUUAUCUGGAGCCUUAGCCUUACUAAACAUGGUUCCUUGUUAUUCACUGGAUGGGCAGUGGGCAUUAUUUGCUCUGGUAGAUCACACUCUCACCUCAGUUAUACCAGAUGAAGAUCAGAGAAACAUGCUUUGUAAUGUCAUCCUUACACUUGGAACUCUGUUGCUUGCGGCAAACAUCAUGUUGGCUCUGUGGACAUUAGGAAGUACAUAGAUGCAACAAUUUGAACAGAGCCUCAAAUACAAUUUAUUGUAAAUUAUAAUGCUUGACUACAUCCAAAUGAUAUACAUCCCUGUACAGUCGAACCCCUAAAAGCAGCCACCUUUUUUGCGGCCACCCCUAUUAGGUGGCCGGUAAUCAAAGUCCGGAUGAGGGCUUUUCUAUUGUUUUUACCUUUAUUAAACGGCCAGCCCCCUUUGAGCUGCCACUAUCCAUUUCUCCAAGGGUGACCAUUUAAAAGGAGUUGAACUGUAUUUUAUAAGAGCAGACAACUUAAAACCUGAAUUUUAAAAAACAGAUUUUUUUGUUACAACACGGAUUUUGACCCCAGUUAAAUUCACCUUUUUUGUUUGGGGCAGCAGAGGGAAAUUACUGUAAAAUUCAUAUUUUUUGUUAUGUAUUCUUAUAUAAUUUUUUCAACCUCUUCAUCCCUAGAGUGCUUUUCUAUAAAAUAUUUGCUAUUUUUGCAAAGCAGAAACUUUUUCCCCAUCUUUCAGUACACCUCAUGGCAAGUAUGCAAUGUGGAUCAAUUUUUUUGCUUGUUCAAAAAAAAUUUUUUUUGUAACCUCAUUCCUUUGCAUUUUAACUUAGAGCAGGGGUAGUGUUUAACAUUAAAGGGGUGGAGAUGCUUCUUACAUGGAAAAUUUGAAUUAAACUUCUAAAUGAAACCAGUCUGGUGUUGCCCAGCUUUAUUUAACCCCUGAAAGGCACCAAUCUAACAGACAGAUGCUAAUGAUUGAUGUUGUAGAUGAGUGCUUUCAUGUUGAGAGAAUUUUAAAGAUUAAGUUGUUACAUGCCUGAGCUGUCUUUGCUGGCCCACCAACACAGUAGAAAAUUGACACGUUUGUUUACUUCUUUGCAUGACAAAAUGCCUUAAUACUUUGAGAAGUAACUUAUAAGAUUGGUUUUCCGUCCCAACACCCUAUGCAACCCUAAAAGGGAAAACAAGUACCCCACCCCUUUUCUAAUAGGAGACCCCUGAGAUGUUUUAUCAUGGAGCAAUUUCAUAAUGGGAAUUAGACCUCUACUGUUGUCUUCAUAUCCCGAUCAAAUUCAUCCAGCACAUUUUACUACCAGUUUUUGUACUUUGGGUUUUCAAGACAUACCUUCUCAGGGGUGAAAUAAUAUGUGAUCUUUAUCAGAGUAAGAGGACACACAUAGUUUUUACCUACAUUUUGUGCAAGUUUGGAUUUAUUUUGUCAACCCUGGUUUACUCCAGGUUUUAUGAAGUUUGCAGUAGAAGACUGGAAAAAUAUCUAGCACUUUUUUCCAGGUGAAACACUAUCUAGUUAACAACAAGACUUCUGAUAGUCUAAUUAUUAUAUUAUUAUAAAUUAUAAAUUAAAUUAUGUUCUAUUAUUAAAUCAUAAAUUAAUCAUUGGGAAAUUCCUUGUUGUGUAACACAGACGAACACUGGUAAUAAAGUGAUAUUUUUGUCCACUUAA